AUGAAGCUUCUGAUCACCUCACUUUUCAUCGUUAUUGCGGGGGCAGCACCCGACGGAUACGGUAGUGGAGGAGGAGUCUCUGGCGGUGGAGGAUUCUCCAGUGGUGGAAGUGGAGGAUUCUCUGGAGGAGGAGGAUUCUCCGGAGGAGGCGGUGGAUCUUUUGGAGGAGGUUUUUCCGGUAGCGGAGGAUUCUCUGGAGGUGGUGGAUUUUCCGGUGGAGGAGGUGGCAGUGGAGGAUCUGGAUAUGGAGGAGGAGGAUGCAAUGCAGGAGAAGUUCUGCAUGUCGACGGCUCCUGUGUCGUUCCUAUAAUCUCACGCAACGUAUUUGUCUAUGACGCUCCCGAACAGCAAGAAGAAAGCGGUCCACCGCCAAGUAUUCCUCCACCAAGAAUCGACCACAACAUCCUAUUUGUCCGCGUUCCUGAGAAGGGAGCAGCGCCCGAGCCAAUCAUCGUUCCUCCACCAAGGCAACAGAGCGUGGUGUACGUCCUGAACAAGGACGAUGGAGGAGGAGGACAGCAAGUGAUCGAAGUGACAGCUCCUCCCCCGUCCAACCCUGAGGUUUACUUCGUCAACUAUGCUGAAGGAGACAACCCUCAACUGCCCAUUGGAGUUGAUCUCCGGACUGCUCUCCAAGCGGCUGCCAACGGCGGAGGACAAGUCAUCGGCGGAGGCGGAGGAGCAGGCGGAUUUGGCGGUGGUUCUGGAGGCGGAUUUGGCGGUGGUUCCGGAGGUGGAUUUGGCGGUGGUUCUGGAGGCGGCUUUGGCGGUGGUUCUGGAGGCGGAUUUGGCGGUGGUUCCGGCAGGCUUUGGCGGUGGCUCUGGAGGCGGAUUGGGGGUGGUUCUGGAGGCGGAUUUGGGCGGUUCUGGAGGCGGAUUUGCUCAUCUGCUAAUGGAGCGCAACAGCGUGUUCGGAUUCCAUCUCAGGUGGAUCUCCCGGACGGCGAGCCACAAAAGUCGCCUUCUUUAAGGUGGCAUCUUUGUCCCGGGAACGCGGCUGCCUGCGACGUCCCUCCUCGCGUCCUGCCGGAGAGGUCCUCGGGGAGGGGCGGGCUCCAGGAACGGACGCGGAGCGGCGCGGGCGUCGCCUGGGGCGAGCCCGACCGCGGAGAUAAUGCUCCCGAAGGCGGUCAAGGCCGCAACGUUUCAAUCCGGCGCGGGCGCGAGCGGUCACGCGGUGCUUCGUGA